AUGAGAGGUUCAGGUGGUUCUUCUGCCGGCCGAGGCCGGGGUAGGGAUACAGGUCAGGGACGCGGACGUGGACGCGGCGACCCAGAGCAGGAUCCCCCUGAGGACUCGGAUCCAGGGGCUGAGCAGCAGGUGCUAGCUGCUAGACCUGCACCGCGGAGAGCGGCGAGACAGCCGCAACCACAGGGCCAGCCGCCAGCGAGGGACGAGACUGGGAGGGUUAGAGUUACACCAGAUGCUGCAAGAGAAAGAUUACUGGAUAGCAGGAACGACAGCGGGACAGCAUCUAGGGCGAUCUUGCCCAUUUUCCGAUCUAGAUGGUUUCUUGAGGGUUCUUCGUGGAAGAAUAUUACAGCAGAGCAUAAGGGCUUCUACUUCGAGGAGUUCAAGAAGGGUUUUUGCUGGGACUCGACCUACCCUGAGGAUCUGAUUAGAGGGGUCUUCUACCGACAUGCGGGCAAUCGGUAUAAAGAUACUCUCCACAACAUGAAGCCGGAUAAAAAAGAGGGCAGUGUUAGUGCUGAUACUUGGGCGUCAUGGAAGCGAGACUGGGAUACUGCUGAGGCUAAGAAGAAGUCCGAUAUAGCACGAGCUAAUCGGAUGAGUGAGCCGUCUGGAGCUGGCACCGGACCUGUUCGACAUACCGCAGGAUCGCGAUCGGCUACGAGACAUAAGACAGUUAUGGUAUGUUUUUAA